AAUAAAACACGCACACACACAGUAGCAGUAAGAAGUGCUCUCUCUUUCUCCGCUUGUGUUUUGAACUUUGAACUUUGAAAAGAGAAAAAAGAACACCCACCCGUCGUCGCCCCACAUUUAAUUCGCCGGAGCAGAUUCUGAGAGAGAAAUGAAGCCGGCGUCAGAGUACAUGAUAAGACUCUCCCGCUACAGAAGCACCCUCUGAUUCCGGAAAGGGGGUGUUUUGUAGAUAUUUUUGCCUUCUAUUAUUAUUUAGGAUCCUGGGAUUUGGAGAAUGGAGUCCGGUCAGAAGAGCCAGGCGAAGCUUACUAGGACUCAGUCUUCACUUCUCCGGUCAUCUCCCACCGUCCGAUCAUCCAUCCACAGCUUAGCUUCCCUCAACGAGAUCACACCUGAUCAGGAUGAUUACCAUGACCUCGAAGAACAAAAGCCUCACUCCCCGCCCGGUUCUGCCCGCCGUUCCACUCGACUCGUUUCCGGUCCGUCUCGGUUCGCUCCGGUUCUCGUCCUUUCUUUGCUAGCUUUGUAUUCCCUUUUCGUUUUCGUCAACGCCGAUGACAUAUUUACCUCCGAAAACCUCCUCUUAGCUCUUAUCUUGGUUGCGGUUUUGCUUUUCUUUGCUCAAAGGAAUCGGGUGCGGAUCCAUCGAAGCUUCAGCUUUGUGCGCCAAUGUUUUGAUGAGUAUGGAAGGAAAUUUGGAUUUUCACGACACCAAUCCAAACCAGUCCAAUGGUUCAUCGGGGAGCAGCCUGAUUAUGAUUGCGGCGGCCAGGCUCAAAAUGACCUUAUUAAAUUAAAGAAGAAAAGUAUCAAGGAAGGGGUGGAGUUCUAUAGUAACGGGGAUUUCUAUGAAGGGGAAUUUCACCAGGGAAGAUGCAAUGGCAGCGGAGUAUAUUAUUAUUUUGGGAAUGGCAGGUAUGAAGGGGAUUGGAUUGAUGGGAAAUAUGAUGGCUACGGUAUUGAAAGUUGGGCUAGAGGGAGUAGGUUCAGAGGGCAGUAUAGAAACGGUUUGAGGCAUGGUUAUGGAGUUUAUAGGUUUUAUACCGGGGAUGCUUAUUCUGGGGAAUGGUUUAACGGCCAGAGUCAUGGUAUUGGAAUGCAAACUUGCUCCGAUGGCAGCUGUUACAUUGGUGAAUUCAAAAAUGGUGUCAAACAUGGCAUUGGUGUCUACCAUUUUAGGAACGGGGAUAGGUAUGCCGGUGAAUACUUUGGUGAUAAAAUUCAUGGUUUUGGUGUUUAUCAUUUUGCAAAUGGCCAUUGUUAUGAGGGAUCAUGGCAUGAAGGCAGGAAACAAGGUUAUGGCAAUUACAUCUUCAGAAAUGGUGACAGGAAAUGUGGGGAAUGGGAUGGUGGCAACCUUAAAGCUGCCUUACCUCCAUCAAGUGAUGCAGUCCUUCGAGCAGUGCAUGUAACUUUCUGAUCACUACUCUUUGGUCAACAAUGACAGUUGAUUCCUAUUUGAAGUUAAAAUCUCCAAGUCUAACAAUGUUAUCUUACAGUAAUUAAUUUUCUGUCAAAUUUGCAGGCUGCUAGAAAAACUGCUGAGAAAUCGAUUCAUAUUCGCGCGGUAGAUGAACAAGUAAACAAGGCAGUAAUGGCUGCAAACAGAGCCGCAACUGCCGCAAGAGUGGCUGCAGUUAAAGCAGUGCAAAACAGGAUAGACGGAAAAUUUUGUGAGACUACUUUUUGAAGAGUUCCUGACGUGCAUGUAUAGUUUUACAACUAGUAGCUAAUUAGAUUUGUACUACAAAUCUGAGCCAUCCCUAUGAGCAAAAGCUCUUGGAGGAGGUAGAUGAAGUUUGAGUUUAAUCUUUCUGAUUAACCACACUGUUGCUUAACUUGUAUAUACUCCAGUUGUACAUGAAGUCAGCAAUGGAAAUGCAUCAAUUUUUGGAAAGCGCUUCCCAAAGUUUAUAUCCACUUGCACUGUGUUGUGUUUCAGUUGAAAAAAAAAAAGCAGGAUAGAAUGAAAAUGCAUUAUUGUGUUUCAUUUUUGGUUUGGGUGGAAUUAUGAGAACAUGGUGCUUAUCCCAGCUUGUCUCUUGGCAUCAUCAUACAUCAGUCAUCUUUACGUUAGAUCUAUCUCCAUCUGGUGGGUACACAUUGGAC